CCUCUGGUGGAAAACAUACGUAAGUGCUUAUCGUCCGCCUGAACUACAACUCCCAUGAUGCAUUUCACCCGGCUGUACUUCCGGAUGUACACGAGUCUUGUUUCUGGCAGAUGAUACUACUUGAUUCGGACAAUGGACGACCAAACUGUGAAGGCAAUUUUAUUCGAUUUGGAUAAUACUCUGAUUGAAACGAGUCAAGCUGGAGUAGUGGCGAUUCAGAAGACCAGUGAACUUCUAAAAACCACUCUGGACCUCGACGAUGACACCAUCAGCAUCAUCUGCAACAAGUUCAAGCAGAAGCUCAGAGAAGAGACCUUUGACCCCACAGGCAGCAGAUCCAUAGACCAGGUCCGGGUCGGUCACUGGGAGGAGAGCCUGGUGGAGACUUUGUCUGACGGUUCAGCCGCUGAAUCUCUUGCGGCUCGAUGUUACGACCUGUGGAAAAGCAGCCGCCUGGAGCUCCUCACUCUGUCCCCUGAAGUGUGCGGGCUCCUGCGGCGGCUCCGGGGACGGUACAAGCUGCUGCUGCUGACCAACGGCGUGGCUCAGACGCAGAGGGAGAAGGUGGAGGUCGCCGGGUGUGAGGAGUUCUUCGACGCCAUCGUGGUGGGCGGAGAACACGCCGAGCAGAAGCCCUUCCUGUCCAUUUUUACGCUGUGUUUCCACAUGCUGGGGGUGGAGGCCCAGGACUGCGUCAUGGUCGGAGACUCUCUGGACACAGAUAUUCAGGGGGGCUUUAACGCCAAGGUCCGAGCGACAGUUUGGAUCAACAGAGGAGGAGGAGGAGGAGGAGGAGCAGACGAUUUGGUGAAACCAGACUACACCAUACCCACUGUACUGGAUCUGCCAGGCAUUCUGGAAGAACUAAAGUAAAAGGACCAACACAUGGGUGACACUGGUGCAAUAUUAUGGGAUUUUUAAUUAAUGUGGGAGAUUUGAAGGUGAA